AUGACUACGAUCCAACCAUUUGAGGCAACUGACCUGCUGCGAUUGAACAAUGUCAACUUGGACUCUUUAACGGAAAAUUUCCCUAUAGAAUUUUACUUGGAAUACCUGAUAUUAUGGCCAGGGCUCUUUUUCGAAAGUCAAGAGCUGACCAAGAGAGACAAAACCGGUCAAUGUGAGAUAUCGGGCUACAUGAUGGCUAAAACCGAGGGUAAAGGUAACGACUGGCAUUCUCACAUUACUGCUGUAACAAUAGCACCAGAAUUUCGUCGUAUUUCUCUGGCAUCCGGCUUAUGCAACACACUUGAAACUAUCACUGACAAUCAACCGCACAAUGUGAAUUUCAUCGACCUGUUUGUCAAAUGCAACAAUAACCUCGCAAUCAGUCUCUAUGAGAAGCUGGGAUACUCGGUGUUCCGGAGGGUUGUCGGGUAUUACAAUUCUUCCGGAGAUCAAUACCCAAAUGCAUUGAAUAAAAUUCACGACGACAAGGACGCUUUCGACAUGCGUAAAGGGAUGCAGCGUGACAAGGGACGCAGCACGAGAACCGAAGGUAGAAAAAAUCGCUGCUAUCCACACGAUGUUAGGUUUUGA